UCCCUGCUUGGCAACGGAACGUUAAAUUCACCUCACAUUUUCACCCCACAAAAAGUUUUAAGCCUCGUCCGAGUUGCCGUCGAAACCACUCACCACCUCUACCUCACCUCCAGCUCGUCGCAAUACCUACCACCACCUACCACCACCCCAAUCCCCUCCCCUAGCACCCCACACAAAACCUACAACCAUGAGUUUCGGCGGCUUCAACCCUCUCGGCGGCCGCGGCUCAAACGAGAACAUGACAGCCGAGGACCUGCAGCAACAGAAGAUGAUCAAGCUCAUGCAAUCAUCGAUGGAGUCGUGCCCGGUCAAGACGGUGCUCUCCGGCGGCGCCGGCUUCGCGCUCGGCGGAGUAUUCGGUCUGUUCAUGGCGUCGAUGUCGUACGACACGCCGAUGUCGGGGGCCGCCGGCACCACGCCCAUCACUUCGCUGCCGCUGCGCCAGCAGCUCAAGGUCGGCUUCAAGGAUAUGGGCGUGAGGUCGUGGAGCUCCGCGAAGAACUUCGGCAUGGUCGGCGCUAUCUUCUCGGGUACUGAGUGCUGCAUCGAGGGAUUCAGGGCGAAGAAUGAUAUCUACAAUGGUGUCGCUGCUGGGUGCUUGACUGGUGGCGCGCUGGCGGCGAGUGCCGGGCCCCAGGCGGCGGCGUUGGGUUGUGCGGGUUUUGCCGCGUUCAGUGCGGCGAUCGAUUACUACCUUCGCAUGGAUUGAGCGGCGAGGGGGUGAGGGUGUCGGUGACGUGUGGGUACGGUGCCGGGAGUGUACAGUCGCGUAGGCAUGUUAUUCUCUUCUCAAAAUGGGCUUUGCGGGAGUUGGGUUUUCGUUUGCUUUUCGCUGGGUUGGGGCAUUUGUACUAUAGAUACGGUUCGUUUGGGGUUUGGGGUUGGCGGGGAACUGUUACCCAUAAUAGAUGGCUGGAUGAUAAAUGGGAGA